AAAUGCCUUUUUGCAUACUGCGCCUGCACAUGCGGAUACCUGUGCUGCUCGGCCUUGUGGCCAUGUCAGUCCUACUAGAAUGUCAAGGGCGAGGAUCCUCCGAUUUCGAAGCAGUAACCUGUGAAGGACAGUACCAAAAGGAUGAACAUGUUUGUAGAGGGAUACCGGUGACUGAUGUGAUUGUGGUGGUUGACGAAUCGGCCAGCUUGGCUCAGGCGCAUGCUUGGCUACCAGGAAUGUUGAAAUACCUAGAAGACUCGCUUACCGCCAGUGGUAUCGGACAGAAAACCGGUGAUCGGUCCCAGCGCAACUUGUACGCCUUGGUUGGGUUUGGGAGAGCGCACGACGCGACAGGACAUGUCUUGACCUCUUCCUGCGUCAGCCCCAAUGAUAACCUCUUCCCAAUAGAAUGCUACCAAUCAGCAAACUCACAACUGGAAGCGAAGCUUGACAGUGGAAAAGAGGAUGGUUAUGAAGCCAUUCAACAUGCCCUGCUGAACGUCCCUUGGCGGAGACAGGCGGGCGUCAGGCAUAAUCUGAUUUUCAUCAGCGAUGAAGAUCGCGAGGAAGUUGCCAACAUUUCACGAGCUCAGAUAAAACAGCUCUUGCGUGAGAAUGGAUUUGUCUUGAAUGCAGUCAUUGACAAUGCGUUUCAUCACGAUAACAAUGGCAAUCGUGAAAACCUACUUGGAGUGGCUCACACCGGAGUCGGAUUCAAAGGCCAAGGCGGUGAGUUUUACACCAAGGUGUACAAUGCAACCGUGGGUCAUGCAUAUGGCACUACCCAGACGGACUAUGCUAAGUUAGCACUGGAGCUUCGUGGUGCUAGUUGGAGCAUCUACAACCUAGACAGCGGAGAUCAAGGCUUUAUAGAUCAACGUGCCUCGUUCACAGCCGCCUUUACGAGCAGCUUCAAGACGAUGGAAGUCCAGCGUGAGCGUAACAAUCCCUAUAUGUGCACCUGCGCAGAGAAUGCGACAUCGCCAAGCGGCGGAAGUAUGGCCUGUACGAUGAUGCCCAGCACGGACGCAUGCCUUUGUGAGGCCAAUGGCGGUCUGUUUAACGCAGCCACUCAACAAUGUGAUGUGCUGUGCCGCACCCAACUGCCAACACAUUUCCUGGAGGAGUCCCACCCUGUGACGGACGGCGCCGGCGCCGCACAUUGUGGCCAGACAGCUGCAGAUGUCAUUCUAGUGGUCGAUGAGUCCAGAAGCAUGGAGCCACACUACAAAGACAGACUCUAUCAGAUCGUGGGAAACCUAUCCGUGAGCCUUGAGGAGCAUGGCAUUGGUCUCUACCCUGGCAAGCCGAACCAGUAUACAGUUGUUGGCUUUGGCCAUUCGAAAGGAGAGACGGGGUCUGAUGGCCACGCUGGACCACACGUCGUCCGCAGUAACAAUGGUCGUCAGGUGUACGACCUCGCUGGUUUCCGGGAGGCAUGCGCUAAACUACGGAAUACAGGGUCUGUGGAGGACGGCUACCUUGCCAUUAAAUAUGCGCUGGAGAAUAUUACCUCUGAAGGAAGUCCGUUACUCCGAUUGAAGCGCAACGACGUUGCGCCAAUCAUCAUCUUGGUAUCAGAUGAAGACAGGGAUAUCCACCAACAAGGGAAAGGAAUUUCACGCAGCUCCAUUAAGAGGUUGAUACGCAAGAGUGGAGCUACCUUCGAAGCCAUCGUGGACAACACCAUCUGGUACAACAACCAGCGAGGCUUUGGAAUGGAUUCCAACGGCACAUUGUACAUUGCUGAGAACACUACACAGUACAGAACAUCAAACGAACAGCAACACAAACGCUACUUGGCUUUGCAUUACAAGAACACGCGCAGAGACUACUCCUCCGUUGCCCUGGAGCUGAAGGGCGCUGUGUGGGACUUGAACUCGAUACUGGAUAGUGAUGCGCCGUUUGCUUCACAUGUGAACGCAUUCGUUGAGAGUACGGUUACCCGUGUUGAGAGCAGGGUGCAUAAGUGUUGCUCGUGCCAAUGUGCUCACGGACCGGAGCAUAGCUCUUUGCACUGCACGUAUGCAUCGUCUGUUCUAGAGUGCAAACGUCGCUAACUCGCCAAUGGUUGUUACAGCGUAUCCUCUGUUUUGUUCUGAAAAAGGUGUUUUUGACCGCUUUUGUUCCGUGACAUUUCAUAUCCGUAUGCACUGUAACACAGCAGUAGUAGUAGUAGCAAGAGUUCAUAUGUAGUCUUGGUAGGAGUAGUAUUUUGAUAGGGAAGGCCCUGCAGACGUUGUCGUCUUGUUACAGUCCAACACUUCACACAGUAUCUUCCCAUUUUGCAUGCCACCACAUGCCAAUCACAUGUACUGCACUCUCAUUCAGAUUCGCACUGUUCCGCAGUGCAGUACAUUUUCAUUUUUGAUCCUGCCUUUUCUGAGUACAGCUUUACGAGGUGAUUUGUAAUCAUUUUACAUGAAAGUAAAAAAGGCUA